UGCAAACCUUCCACAUUGGAGAGUGAGGUAUAAAAGCCACCUCCCGUGACUUCUAAAAUCAGUGCAAAUUCACACCUUGCAACAUUUCCAACUCUAACUCUUCCCCAAAAAACUUGAAAUGUUUUUGCUUUUAAUUUUCGCCGUCCUGGUGGGACACAUCUCGUGUGCCAGUCGUAUCAUUGGUGGGCAAUUUGCCACUCCCGGGCAGUUUCCGCAUCAGGUCUCGCUACAGCUGAAUGGUCGUCAUCACUGUGGAGGUUCCAUCAUCUCGGAAACUUUCAUCGUCACCGCCGCCCAUUGUACCAUCAAUCAAAACCCGGCCCUCAUGAAAGUAGUGGUUGGCACAACCGAUCUGGUGGCCGGCAAUGGCAAAACUCUCAACGCAGCCCAAUUCAUUAUCCAUCCCCAGUAUAAUCCACAGAGUCAAGAUUACGACAUGUCUCUGAUUAGGCUGGCCGAACCUUUGCAACUGGGCACAACGGAAGUGGACAAAAUUGAACUGGCUGCCUCGGAUGCCAAUUUUGCUGCCGACACCUUGGCCACCAUCAGUGGUUUUGGAGCUAUCAACGGCAAUUUGCAAUUGCCCAAUAAAUUGAAAUUCGCCCAGGUUCAGUUGUGGAGUCGUGACUACUGUAAUCCCCAGAAUAUUCCCGGAAUUACCGAUCGCAUGAUUUGUGCUGGCCACCCUAGCGGACAGGUGAGUGCCUGCCAGGGUGACAGUGGUGGCCCUUUGACUGUGGAAAAUAAACUGUUCGGUGUCGUGUCGUGGGGUUUCGGUUGCGGUGCUGAGGGCAAACCGGCCAUGUACACGUAUGUGGGUGCCCUGCGUUCUUGGAUCAAGCAGAAUUCGGGAGUUUAG